AUGACGCCUCGAGGCAUCCUAAAGAUUCAGACCCAAGCUGAAUCCAUGUUUUCUUCGUUUGUUCAAGCCAAGAAUCCCUUCACAAAGCGCCAAUGCAAUGUUUCCUUUGGUAAUACAGAGAUUCUUGUCUACCCUCAACUUUUGGACACCAGCUGUGGAGGCCCUGCUCUGACCAUUGGAUGGGAACCAGUGGAUAGAAUCGUCACUACGGUGCAAGAGUAUCACUCAGAUAACUUGGAACACAGCAAUGGCAGCAAGAUCCACUCAAUCAAGGCUGAACACCGCAUCAGCAUGCUCCUCAGUGCUGGUUAUAGCAGGGAGCAAUUGUAUCACCACAUGCUCACAUUCUCACUCAGGGGAAGUAACGAAUCCAAGCAGCAGCACUCCAAGACCAUCUAUCAUAAGCUACAAACCCUUGCAUUGAAACUGGCACCACUGAAACUCACAGGGGUCAAAGCUAGACCACAUCCGCUGAGGCCAUGCAAUACCAAACACUGA